AGGCGAAAUUCCUUAUGUCUUUGGCAGGACCAAAUCACCAAGAUAAAUCAGAAGCUUAAAACAACUGCAAAGUUGGAAGUGGGUCUGCACAUUUUGAAAUCCCCUGUCUCUCAAAGUCUGUUGUUCAAAAUCCAGAAAGCUGCGCAGAUUUGAUCCUUGAGCUUCUGAAUGGAAGCAAUCAGAAAGCAAGCCACGAGGCUUCGCGAACAGGUCGCUCGCCAACAACAGGCUGUCCUCAAGCAGUUUGGAGCUGGAGGAUAUGGAGGUUCAGAUAAUUUAGUUACUGAUGAGGCAGAACUAGUGCAGCAUCAGAAACUUGAGAAGCUUUACAUAUCAACACGUGCUGGAAAGCAUUAUCAAAGGGAUAUUGUUCGUGGUGUGGAGGGAUAUAUUGUCACUGGAUCCAAACAGGUUGAAAUAGGAACAAAGUUGUCUGAAGAUAGCAGGAAAUAUGGAGCUGAAAAUACAUGUACUAGUGGUAGUACGUUAUCAAGAGCUUCAUUAAGCUAUGGACGUGCUCGUGCUCAAAUGGAGAAGGAACGAGGGAAUCUGUUGAAAGCUCUUGGCACACAGGUGGCAGAGCCAUUAAGAGCAAUGGUAAUGGGUGCUCCAUUGGAAGAUGCUCGGCAUCUUGCUCAACGAUAUGACAGAAUGCGACAAGAAGCUGAAGCUCAGGCUAUUGAAGUUUCCAAACGCCAAGCAAAAGUGAGGGAAACACCAGGCAAUUCAGAUAAUGUUAUGAAACUAGAAGCAGCAGAAGCAAAGCUGCAAGAUCUGAAGUCGAAUAUGGGUAUAUUAGGGAAGGAAGCAGCUGCAGCGAUGGCAGCAGUCGAGGCUCAACAACAGAGAUUGACUCUCCAGAGACUCAUUGCCAUGGUCGAGGCAGAGCGUACUUAUCAUCAGAGGGUCCUUCAGAUACUUGAUCAACUUGAAGGAGAGAUGGUAUCAGAACGACAACGUAUUGAAGCGCCUCCUAGCCCCACUGUUGACAACAGCAUGCCUCCACCCCCACCUUAUGAGGAAGUUAAUGGUAUAUAUGCUUCUCAAACACAUAAUGGAUUGUCAGACAGCAUGGAUUACUUCUUGGGGGAGGCUAUGUUUACAUAUCAAGCUGUAUCUGACGUGGAGCUCAGUUUGUCAAUUGGUGACUAUGUUGUUGUGCGAAAGGUAACCAACAAUGGUUGGGCAGAAGGCGAAUGCAAAGGCAAAGCAGGUUGGUUCCCAUUGGGAUACAUUGAAAGACGGGAACGAGUUCUUGCAAGCAAGGUGGCUGAAGUGUUCUAAAGUUUUCUGAUGAGUUCACUUAUGAGCAGUUUGUUUCUUUUUUUCUUCUCUUCUUUUCUGUUUCUUGUGUAUGUUUUUGUUUUAAUUUUUCUCAAUGGUGGAGCUUGCCCUCUUUCAACUAGAAGAAGGCACAUCCUCACCUCUGAUGUAAUAUAGCUACUAAAUUCUUUGUCUACUUACUGAUAUGAGUACCAAUUAUUUAUCGAUUUACAUAAUUUCAGGCGUAGCACUA